AGGUUCCGCGUGCGCUCACAUGACUGUGAUACAGACAUCAUGCUUCGGCUCGUGCUCUUUAAUGUGUUUACGCUGUCCGGUGUUUUUGCCGGACGCUAUUUUAACGAGAAUAAACCGUGUUUCAAACCUCUACUGAGAAGAAGUCAACUGGGAGUCAAGACUGUUCCACGUCCUUAUCAAUAUGUGAACCUGCCCAAAGCCUGGGACUGGAGAAAUGUCAACGGCACCAACUUUGUCAGUACUACGCGCAAUCAACACAUCCCCCAAUACUGUGGAUCCUGUUGGGCUCAUGGUAGCACAAGUGCACUUGCAGAUCGCAUUAACAUCAAGCGGAAGGGAGCAUGGCCUUCUGCAUAUCUUUCAGUCCAGAACGUUAUUGAUUGUGGUCAGGCUGGGUCCUGCCAUGGGGGCGAUCACUCCGGCGUGUGGGCGUAUGCUAACAGCCAUGGCAUCCCUGAUGAAACGUGUAACAACUACCAGGCCAAAGACCAAAAAUGCAAGCCAUUUAAUGAGUGUGGCACAUGCACAACAUUUGGCCAGUGCAAUGUUGUGAAGAAUUACACUCUCUGGAAGGUUGGAGACUAUGGGUCCAUCAAUGGCCGAGAGAAGAUGAAAGCUGAGAUUUAUGCCGCGGGACCCAUCAGUUGUGGAAUAAUGGCUACUGACAAAUUGGAUGCAUACACUGGUGGAGUAUACUCUGAAUAUGUAACGGAUCCCUUUAUUAACCACAUUGUGUCUGUGGCUGGCUGGGGCGUUGACGAGAAUGAAGUGGAGUACUGGAUUGUGCGUAACUCCUGGGGUGAGCCAUGGGGUGAGAAGGGCUGGUUAAGGAUAGUGACUAGUGCUUAUAAAGGUGGCAGUGGGAGCCAAUAUAACCUGGCACUUGAAGAAGACUGCAUGUAUGGGGACCCUGUAUUGCCAGAAGGGUACUGAUGAUGAUGAUGAUGAUGAGAACAUGGAGAGCACCCAGAUUCAACUUGGCCUGCAACACUGCAGCUGUUGGCCAACGCUACAAAAUCCUUAAUUCAGUUGAUUUAGGCAUUGUGUCUGUGUACCUGCCAUUACUGCAAACAGUUGUGCAGUAUGUUGUUAAUGUGGAAAUCAGAAUCAUACACCAAUGAAUCCCUGCCAUUAUGCUACAGCUAUGUAAACAUGAAUGUUUUACUCAUUGAUUUAUUGACCACUGUAUGUGUAACAUGGUCCUGAAAAGUGAUUUAAUCACUGAAGUGUUUACAUAAAUUCUGGCUUUUUUUCCUUUACAUCACACCCAUCUUGUUUUAACUAUCACCUUUUACUUGAUCUUAAAUAAAUCUUUGAAUUAUUGAGCCCA